AUGUCUAGAGUACUGGUUAUUGGUGCAGGGGGCGUUGGAGUCAUUACUGCGCUUUCGUUAUGGUUGAAGCGAGAGAGUGAUGUUUCCCUGGUGGUGAGGUCAGAUUACGAUAAGGUGUCGGAGCAUGGUUACACGAUCGAAUCGUGCGACUAUGGCCAACUGGAAGGGUGGAGGCCCCACCAUAUCUACAGAACUGUGAAAGAGGCUGCUGCGGAUGCAAACAACAAGGGGUACAACUACGUCGUUGUGACUACAAAGAACAUCGCAGACGGGCCUGCUGAUGCCAGAGUGUCCAGCAUCAUCAGACCCGUGCUCGAUCAGAACAAGAGGCUGUACGGGUCACAAUUGACCACGCACGUUUUGCUGGUGCAGAACGGCAUCAACAUCGAGAAGGAGAUUUGGGAAGAAUUCCCCCGGGACGAGUACCAGUAUACGGUGCUUUCUGGGAUCCAACUGGUGGGGUCCACCAAGGUUGGGACCGGCCGCAUCAGCCAGAUCGGCCAGGACCACUUGUACUGUGGGGCGUUUGACCCGCAGGACGGCGCUGCCAUCCAGGCUGCCAACGAGUUCGUCAGGAUGUACAGCAACGAGGGACGCAACUUUGCGGAAUUUGAUCCCAGGGUCCGCUACUCGCGAUGGAAGAAGCUGGUCUACAAUGCUGCAAUCAACACGGCCACGGCACUUGUCGGGCUGGAUGUUCCCCGUUGCCUAGAGUUCGGCGUCGACAGGAAGAGCACGGAGAUCGAGGUGUUCCAUCCUGCCAUGAGGGAGAUCGUUGCCAUUGCAGCAAGCGAGGGCAUCGUCAUCGAGGAGGAGUUCAUAACGAUGUUCACGGAGAUUACCAGAAACAAAGUGUUCAAGCCAUCCAUGUGCGUGGACCGCGACAAGUCCCAGCUGAUGGAGCUAGAAGUGAUUCUGGGAAACCCCAUAAGAAUCGCUAGGGGAAAUGGCGUCCCGACGCCCACUCUUUCCGUGCUUUACAAUCUGCUUGUGCUAGUGCAGGCCAGGCUGAAGGAACAGAAGGGCCUGAUAAAGUUCGACGAAAAGACUGCGCGUCUUGUGGACGAGUAG